AUGUCCACCAAAGGAAAAGACAUAGCAGAAGGAUCAUCAAGAUCUUCUUCUGCUGCUUCUGAUCAUCAUCAGCAGCAGCAACAACAGCAUCCUCUGAGUAGGUAUGAGUCCCAGAAGAGGAGGGAUUGGAACACUUUUGGGCAGUACUUGAGGAACCAGAGGCCUCCUGUGGCACUUUCACAGUGCAAUUCCAACCAAGUGCUGGAUUUCCUAAGGUACUUGGACCAGUUUGGGAAAACAAAAGUGCAUGCUCAAGGGUGUCUCUUCUUUGGUCAAGUUGAGCCACCUGGUCCUUGCACUUGCCCUCUUAAACAAGCUUGGGGGAGCCUUGAUGCUCUCAUUGGAAGGCUAAGAGCUGCGUAUGAAGAAAAUGGAGGCUUGCCUGAGACUAAUCCAUUUGCCAGUGGUGCCAUAAGAGUUUACCUUCGUGAGGUUCGAGACUCUCAAGCUAAGGCAAGAGGGAUCCCUUAUAAGAAGAAAAAGAAGAAGAGGAAUCUCGUCAAGGCCAACGGGGACAGCUCAAACUUACCUUUGCAGCAGUAA